AUGAAUGGGUUCUCAUGUGAUCAAUGUGGCUCCGUUUUCACGAACGCGAGCAAUAUGCGUCGGCACAAACGGUUUUUCCACUCAAACAGGAAAAAUUUUAAGUGCGAACUCUGCAAUGUCACGUUCACGCGCUCCGACCACCUUAAGCGUCACUACCGGAGCCACAACCGUGUCGUCCACUUUCUCUACUGUGACGUGAACGGGUGCAAGAAGCGCUUCACUCGUCCCGAUAAGCUCGAUUCUCAUCGAAAACUCCACAUGAAAAAGCUGGAGGAAGGUAACCUUUUCGACCUGACAUUCCCUUCAGAUGCCAUAAGUGUUAAGGGGCUUUCCGUCGCCAAGAUGGUUGAAAACGAUUCAACUGUGUUGGUGUGUCCGUACGACGACUGCCGCAAAAAAUACGGCUCUUAUUCUGGGAUCGUCAAGCACAUCAAUUCCCACUUAGAUCCCCCGAAGAAGGAGGUUGUUAAAAUUGCGACUGUUGUUUCCUGUGAUGGGUGUUCGAAGGUAUUAUCGUUCUCUUCUCACUCCCUGUUCAGACGUUCAAGACCGAAAAGGGACUUGAGCAACACACAAAGCGUAUCAGACGCUUCCAAGGUCUACUUCGUCUGCCCUCAGGACGGCUGCAGGAAGAUUUACACUACGAGGAGUAACUUAAAUAUGCACAUAGCCAGGAACCACGGCGAGAAGAUUAGUUUUAAAUGCGAUGCUUGUGGCUCCUCCUUUAAGUGGAAGAAGAGUUUAAAUCUCCACAAGUGUAAGGCUCUUGAUCAUUCGUUAUAG